ACCAUUUUUGUGCAACUGGAUCGAAUGCACCGGACACUUUUGUUAGCUGAAAAACGCGGAAUAGUGGCCCGCAUUUUGGCUAGGGGUAAAUAUCAUUAUAAUUGCAUUCUUUUAGUUAAUGAAAUACAGAAAUAUAUAGCUCCAAAUUUUCUGGAUGCUGAAAUUCUUUCGAAUGAAGCCAAAGUGAAACUUAUACUCUCAGAAAAAUCACAGAUCGAAGAAGCUGCUUUAGCUUUCGAGAAAAUAUCAAAACUGGUUGAUUAUCUAAACCAUCCUGCCUUUGCUGAUAGAUUAAGCUUCUAUCAGCUCUAG